AUGUCUGGUUUACGAUUUUUGCAAUUACAAAAUACAAAUGUAGAAAAGCUCUUAAAUGAUUUGAACUCAUCUUAUAAAAAUAAAAAAUUCUCUGAUACAAAGAUAAUCGUUGGUAAAGAGGGAAAAACUGAAACAAUUUAUGCCAAUUAUUUUAUACUUAAGAUACGUUCUGAAUAUUUUCAAAGUGCCUUGUCAAAAGACUGGAACUUCAAUGCAUCAUAUAAUAUGAAAACACUUUUAGAUACGUUUUCGCUCAUGUAUGAAAUGGGCAUCAUGGUAUUACGUGAUGGAUUGAAAUCAUAUUUCAUUGAAAAUAUUAUAACCAUUAUGAAAAGCAACCUAUUAUUAGUUUUAGAAUUUAUUAAGAAAUUUAUUUUGUAUGACGAUUUGAAAGAAGUAUUUUUAAAAGCUUUGUGUUUGAAUCCGGUGCUAUUAUUUAAUUUCGGUAACAAAGAAAUUCAUGAAAAUAUUCUCCAUGAAUUAAUAUCGAGGUCAGAGUUAUGUCUGGAAGAAAACUUGUUAUUAAGUAGAAUGAUUCAAUGGUUGUUAGAUACAAACGGGUUUCCGGAUAAGCAUGAUGGUUUAAAGUCAGAAACCUUUCAUAAAAACUGUGAUAGAAAAGGGCCCACUAUAGUAAUUAUUAAAUUACUUGAUGGUGAUUUAAUAGGUGGUUAUAAUCCAUUAGAUUGGGAAGGUGAGAAUGUUUGGAAAAAAACUAGUGAUAGUUUUCUAUUUCAAAAAAAUCGUCAUAGCUAUAAGAAAGUAAAUAUUAAACCAGGAUCCGAAGGGUUGGCUAUUCAUUGUGGAACUGUAUAUGGUCCGACAUUUGGAAGAAACAAUUUGUGUAUUCAGAAUGGUUCAGGUUUUUGUAUAGUUAAAGAUUCACAAUAUGAAAGUUUAAGUGUGUCAGGAAGAUUCCAGAUAGCAUCUUAUGAGGUUUUAAGGGUUAUCAAACAAAGAUAA